UCACAUACGGGAGUGUCAGGAGCUCCGGUUUAGCGGGGCAGGCCUGGGAACCGGGCUCCGGGGACGCGGAAUACACCCAUUUACUUGUAGUGCUUGUCUUCCUGUCAUACGCCAGAGAGUUCUGCUUAUUACCUGCUGAAGUGACACUAAAACAAAAAUGGAUAUUCGUGGUGCUGUUGAUGCUGCUGUCCCAACAAAUAUCAUUGCAGCAAAAGCUGCAGAGGUUCGAGCAAAUAAAGUAAAUUGGCAGUCUUAUCUCCAGGGACAAAUGAUUUCUGGUGAAGACUGUGAAUUUAUUAAAAGGUUUGAAACAUCUCUUCCUGAGGAUAAGCAAAUCAUCCUAACUAAUGAAGGCAAUCAGUGUGCUAAAACCUUCAUAAAUUUGAUGACACAUAUUUCCAAGGAGCAAACAGUGCAGUAUAUUUUAACCAUGGUGGAUGAUAUGCUUCAGGAGAAUCACCAGCGGGUCAGUAUAUUUUUUGACUAUGCUCGGCGUGGGAAAAACACAGCGUGGUCCUAUUUCUUACCCAUGCUAAACCGUCAGGAUCUUUUCACUGUUCACAUGGCUGCACGUAUAAUUGCUAAAUUGGCUGCUUGGGGAAGAGAACUGAUGGAAGGCAGUGAUUUGAACUACUACUUCAACUGGAUUAAAACUCAGCUGAGCUCCCAGAAAUUACGGGGAGGUGUCAGUGCAGUGGAAACAGGAACAGUGUCUCCAAGUGAUAGUUCCCAGUAUGUACAGUGUGUUGCUGGAUGCCUUCAGUUGAUGUUGAGGGUUAAUGAGUACCGCUUUGCGUGGGUGGAAGCAGAUGGUGUUAAUUGCAUAAUGUCAGUACUAAGUAACAAAUGUGGGUUCCAACUUCAGUAUCAAAUGAUUUUCUGCCUGUGGCUUUUAGCAUUCAGUCCACAAAUGUGUGAAUAUCUGCGUCGUUAUAAUAUUGUGCCAGUGUUAUCUGAUAUUCUCCAAGAAUCUGUCAAGGAAAAAGUGACUAGGAUCAUUCUUGCUGCUUUCAAGAAUCUGUUGGAGAAAUCUACAGAAAGAGAAACACGCCAGGAGUACGCACUCGCCAUGAUACAAUGCAAAGUACUCAAGCAGCUGGAGAAUUUGGAGCAGCAGAAGUAUGAUGAUGAGGACAUUGUUGAAGAUAUUAAAUUCCUUUUGGAAAAACUUGGUGAAAGUGUCCAGGAUUUAAGUUCAUUUGAUGAAUACAGCUCUGAGUUGAAAUCAGGCCGACUGGAAUGGAGCCCCGUUCACAAAUCUGAGAAAUUUUGGAGGGAAAAUGCUGCUCGAUUAAAUGAGAAGAACUACGAACUUCUAAAAAUCCUAACUAAACUUCUGGAAGUCUCUGAUGACCCUCAGGUCCUGGCUGUAGCUGCUCAUGAUAUUGGGGAAUACGUACGCCAUUACCCCAGAGGAAAGAGGGUGAUUGAGCAGUUGGAUGGGAAGCAGCUGGUAAUGAACCACAUGCAUCAUGAAGACCAGCAGGUCCGCUAUAAUGCAUUGCUGGCUGUCCAGAAAUUGAUGGUCCAUAACUGGGAAUAUCUCGGGAAGCAGCUUCAAUCAGAACAAGCUCCUGCAGUCGCCGCAAGAAGUUAAAUCACAAAUUGUUCACUUUGCCCAAGUGGCUUCCAUGUCUGCCCUUAUCACUUAUCACUCAUGUUUCAUUUGUGAGUGUCUGUUUUAUUUUUUCCAUUAAACAGUAUGUUGCUUGGU